UGCAUUCCUCCCCGGACCCAUUUUUUCUAGAAAUGUGGGAGACUGUGGAGAGAGAGAGAGAGAGUGUGUGUGUGUGUUUGGGUGUGUGUAGAGGAGGAGAAGGGAGUAGACAAGCUUAAGACUCAGAAGAGCAACACAAGACUUCAGACGAAAGUUUUCUAAAGAAAAAAAAAAUUUGUUGGUACGAGCACAUACGGAUCCUCCAGAAUGGCGUUUCUGUUGAUGUCUGUGACGGUUCUGCAUCUGAUCACUCUAGCCAUGCUCUUCAUCGCCACCAUGGAGAAGUCAUGGUGGACUUUGGGAGACAUCCAGAACACAGAUCUGUGGUAUAAAUGUUCGUAUGAUAACUCUUCAGGAACCUGGUUAUGUGCGUCUGUCAAUGAGAGCGAAUGGCUGCAGUCGGUGCAGGCGCUGAUGAUCUUGUCUGUGAUCCUGUCCUCCAUCUCCUUCAUGGUGUUUCUGGGUCAGCUCUUCACCAUGUCUAAAGGAGGACUCUUCUACUUCACAGGCCUCUGUCAGCUUUUUGCAGGUUUUGCAGCAUUUGCGGCUGUCCUCAUCUACACCUUUCAGAAGAGGGAGAUUCUUCAAAAUGACACUGAACUGGAAAAGGGCCGUUUCGGCUACUGUUAUAUCCUGGCCUGGGUGUGUGUGCCACUUUUACUAGUCAGUGGUGCACUUUAUGUGCAUCUGCGCAAACGGGCCUGAUUUUCAACACCACACAUCAGUAGUUUCAUCUGCUGUGAGAUUAUAUAUGCUUACAGCGGUUUCAGGUGAUAUGUUAUUUUUUAAAGUGCUUUAUUAUUAUCUUAUUAGUGUUAUUUUAAUAAACAAACUCUUAAUAUCUGCUUUGCUGCUUUUGGGAA